AUGUUUUUGUUUAUUGUUUUUCAUUUUCUUUUCCCCUAUAUCCCAGGCACAAACUUACACCCCUGUGUGUUCAAGCUUGUUCAGCAUAUCCGCUCCCCAAUGUAUGGUACUUUCCGUCCACGGUGUAAGAUGAAUGGAGAAUUCGAGGAACUUCAGUGCCAUGGAUCUGUAUGCUUCUGUGUCGAUCAAAGAGGAAGAAAAAUAUUUGGAUCUGAAGUACCCACUCUUGAAGGUCAUAAGGAAAAAUGCAUUCCAUAUAUGUCAACCACUACCCAAGAAGCAACGUUCCCACCUGUGAUCGAACAGAAUGGCGGUAUUAUUGUGGAAGGAGGAAAACCACGUAAGCCCAAAACAGAUCCAGGGUACACGUAUACCCCAGAAACACCUGCAACUGAUACAGAUUUGGGAACAAAGGACGAGGAAAAUGAAAUACCUGAAGAUGAUGAUGAUGAGACAAAUGAAACUGGUGAUGACCCAGAAAAGGCCUCCGUGGCAUCUGCUCACAUCAUGACUCAGCCCGGGCUUCUUGCAGCCAUCAUUGGUGGAGCUGUGGUUGGUUUACUGUGUGCUAUACUGCUCGUCAUGUUCAUAGUAUAUAGAAUGAGGAAGAAGGAUGAAGGCAGCUACGCAUUGGACGAACCCAGGAAAAAGUCCACAUAUUCCCCGAUCAACCAAUCAGAAAAGGAGUACUAUGCAUGAGUUAGAAAAGGACGUCAUCUGUUGAAACUUUAACUUUUAUAUUUAAGAAGCAGAAAGUCUGGCCUAGGAAGGGACCUAUACUGUUGCCAAUUGAAAAUUUGUGGCCGAUAUAUUUUUCCAUUGCGAGCAGCAUUACAGUACUACGUAUGUACGUUGAACGUUGCUGUGGGUGCUUGCGUUACAGGUGGCUCAAUGCACUUACGUUGAACUCGGUCUUCCUUGAAGGGUUGCGUUGAACAUGGGUGCAUUGGCUCCUAAGCCUGGUUGUACAUACAUAUGAUGAUGGUAGGCGUUUACGCGAACUCUUACUGAACUCGACGUAAGCGUUGUGUAUAGAUGUUGCUGAGAAGCCAUAGAUCAACAUCACAAGGACAGCGGUUUGACGAAAUACCUCAGAAACCAGGUGAAAAUUGUGACUAGUUUUAGAGGAAAUCUGCCUUUUCCUGUCUGGAUGUGUCAGUGGCCAUGUUGUGGUUUUCCGUAAAACUUGAACUUGUGCAUGAGAGUUUGGAUGAUGGAAAAUAUGUGGAUCUGUCAUACAUUUGCUCUCGUAUGGUUCAGGGAUGGUUUUUUGAGUGAAAUUAUUUUUUUAUUACAAUACAUUUUGAUCAUCUCCAGGUGGGAAAAGAAAUAAUUGUCAAUAAAGCAAAUAUUGGUGCUGAAUAUUGAUUUCCGUGCUGUUGCAUUUUAGAUAUUUGUACAAGUCGAGAGGAUUAAUUGAUCCAGUAUAUAUAGUAUGUGUACUUGUUUCAAGAAGUCAUAAUUUUCACUUGGUCUCGAUUUGGUAGAGUGAUGUUCUUGGGUCUUAGUUACCAUGGUGACACCUCUUCUGAAAAUGGUCAUAUGGCUUGACAACUUGUCUGAUGUGAACAUUCCACUCUGCCAGCUUGGACUGGUUCGGGUCAGGGAGGUCAUUGCCAUAGCAACGAUGUCACAUGACCCGCAAAGAUUGUUCUUCAUAUCUUAAGCUAUUUUAGAGCAGCAUUUUAUUUACCAGUUAUUGUAUGACAUGGUGGUGUUUCCCCAGUAUUUAUGAUGUAAUAAAUCUUGAUACCCCGAAAUGCAACAGGUGUAGGCUCCAUGGAAAUAUUGUCUUAUUUGCUCAAUUUUAACCAAAUAAUUGAAAUGUAACACAAAUCCUUAUCAGGAGAAAUAUCUGCAGAACAUAUUUGUGUCAACUCACCCGCUACCUUAAAAAAUAACUGUAGCACAAGAAAAAUAUAUGCUGUGAAAUUUCCAUUAGCUUUCGGAUGAAUCUGAAUAUUAUGAAUAUAAUUAAUCAAAUGACUUUUGAAUAAUCAUGUUCGUAGUAGUUGUACAGCACUACCCUUAAAGGGGGACUAGGCUCAAGCAAAUAGGCAGUCCCAGUUUGAUUGAGGUUAUUCAAGCACCUGUAUUGUUGUCUCAGAUUAAAUGACAUAUAUAAGUACUGCAGUAAAUUUUAAGCCUAAAGGCAUAGUGUUACAGUAUUCCCACGUUCCCAUUAUAUUGCCGAAAGUGAGUCAGAAAUUUAGAACCUGGAGCGUAGUUCCCCUUUUGUUAUGUAUACGGGUUUGAACUGAAAACAAAUGCAGUGUAAGUGUAAGUCAUAUAGCACAACACUUGGGUCAGUUAUCACUUGAUUAAAUCUAUGUAUGUAUUAAGUCAUUACUGCCUGGAAUACAAUGAAGAAAACAUGGAAAUUGCAAGGACAAUGCGAGCCAUGAUACCAACGAGAGGAACCCCCACGAAAAAAGGUCACAAUGGGUUAAUCAUAAGGUGGUCAUCCUAGCACCUUUCGCUUUAAGUCCAGUCAGGAUUGCCUGUGGUCAUUACAAAACCCCAAAGUGGUGUUGCAUGGACUUUUGUGAUUUCCAACAAAGAGAUCUAAGGAGUGUCUUUUGUUUUCUUUUUGCAAAUAUUAGGAUAUAAUCUAAUAAUUAAUCUGUUGUGGCCUAGCAUGCACAUUUUCCUUAUUUUGAGUUAAACUCUACAUUGUAUAUAAUAUACUUGCCUACCUUGGUGAAUAAUUUGUCUUAUGUUCUGGCUUCAAAGCUGAUGUCUAGUUCAUCUCAAUCUAUCUCUAGAUGCAGAAUAUAUUGAUAAGGAUGUCUCUGUACAAAGUAACCCUAGCUGCCCUGUAGUGCUAAUUCAAUUUCACAUUUUUUUAUUUUUUUGUGUGCAGGUCAGUUGUUGUUUUUUGCAUUCAUUUACUGAAAUAUUCUAGACUGCAUGUACAAUAAUGCGUAGACCUUUCCCAUAAUAGGUGAUUGAGACCAAAUGUCAUGGCUGCACAUAGGGUUGCUUAAUAGGACUGUAUUGACUUUUCGAAGUACGUAUUCAUUCAUUGUGCUAGAAGUGAUAUCUAGAACUUGGGGACAAGUUUUUCUUAUCUAUGAAUGUGUUUCGUCAUUUGACAUGAUUAACAUGCAAUCAAAUUUUGACCAGGUUCGAGAAAAUUUUCUAUAUAUUGUCGGGGUCAUUUCAAAAGUCCAUGUUAUUUUGCUUGUAGAUACAUGUGAUGACUUUCUUUUCAUGUAACAGGCCAACUUUUGAGAUGACCCCUUGCACUUUCCUCUCUUUCAUGUGUGUGGUGCUUCUGAUAGGUUGAAGUAAAGGUUGUACAUGUCUGUGUUGGGUAUAGGUAGUAAUGAGGUUUUGGAAAAACUAAGGGAUUUUAUUACCCUGCAAGUCUCAUCUCUGAAUAUAAGUGGGAAGAAAUCAGUGAAGAAUUCUGGUGUGAGGUAUUAACUGGUAGCCAGGCAUUACAGCAUUUAUCACGCUGUGCCCAUCCUGAUCUGAUGGGUCAUAUUGGGUGCCUUAGCACAUACUGUACAACAAAGUACAACUUGUACAUUGUAUAAUUAUCUCAUGGAAUAGAAGAGCUGUUGUUAUUGCUGUCUUGCUGCUAUGCUGUUUGCCCUAGAUCAGGAUUUGGAUCAAAGGUGCUCUGCCUCACAGAGAAUUUCAGGGGGACGUAUUCUAUGUGGAAGCUUCUGUGGUCUCGUCAACAUUUGACCCAUUUUUCAUGUUAGAGAUCAGCUGUCUUGGUUAAGAUGAAAAUUUAUGAAAUUGUUCUUUCAUGGUUAGAAUUUAGAUGCCAAAAUGGUUUCUUUCAUGACAACAAUGUAAGUGUGUUGUCAAGAGGCCGACUUUUGUAGUUUCAGAUCUUCUUGACGCGGAUGUUGAAUGGAGUGUGUGAGAAUGUUGUGGUGCAACUUCAGCUUUAAUGUAUGUAGUAAACAUUGUCCACACAUUUUGCUGACUCAACACAUUAUGCUCAUUCAAGUGUGUAUAAUUUCAUGUUUUGACCUCUUCAACUGAGUGUAGUGAAACAGCAGCAGGUGCUCCUGCUCUUUGCAUAGUGGCAUGGUGAGAUACUGUCUCAAUGCAAAUAACUGACCACCUGCUGAUGAUGUUGGACAGUGUUCAGGUCCUAGUAUGAGGAUGAAAUCUUCUGUGUAGGAACAACCCCAGUUCAGCAAUGAUGUUCAGUACAGCACAAUGUGUGGCCUUUAGUGAUGUCUUCAAGUCUCAUUCAUGCUACAGCCCUGCUAGGGUGGACGUACAUUUUGAGGGAAUUUUGUCUAGGAUGUGUCAGCCUAUUUUGUUGAGUUUUACUGUCCUGAACAAAAAUGGUCGACUUUCAUAAGAGAAACAUCUGAUGUUUGUAACUGUAUGGUGGUUUUCCUGAUUCACAAAACUACUUGCUAAUCAAAUGUUUCAGGUAUUCCUCCAUUGUCUCGUUCCUGGACUGCAGACAUUUGUAUAUUGUUUGUUAUCUGUCCUGUCUAUUGCAAUAACUGUUUCAUCUAUACAUAUAACACAUUUGCUUCUUACGACCUGCGUAGUUGGUGCUCAAGCUUGAGAAACUGUGAAGUGCCAUCUGAGUUACCUCCCUUAAACAGACACCUGGUGUCUGUCACUUUGAUUCAUGAUGAAACAUUUAAAUGUUAAGGUGUGUGUUUAAGGCUUCGUGUAACUAGAAUCACACCAUUUUGUAGUUUCUCAAGCUGUCUGACAUAUUUGCUAAUUAAGAGAAAAUUUGCAUGGCAAUGAAAUGGGAGAAUGAAAUAUUUACUUGAACUGUAACAUGUAUCAUAUCCAUCAUAUAGGUUCAGGUAGUUCUGUCUGAAUGCACCUGUACUUGAUAUUUGUAUGUCAGUGUAAAUAUUGCCAUAGCUUCGAAAUUAUUUUGGAUUGGCAAAUACUGAUUUUCAUAUAGGUCUCCAAACUUCUAUGGUUUCUGCUUUAAGUUAUGCCUACACUUGUCCAGUACCCUCAACAUACUAUCACCUCAACAAUCAUCUGCUAUGUAUAUUUACAGUAUGGUGGUCACAAAUGUACCUGCUUAUGUGUGCAUGCUGAAAUCUAGCCACUCAAGCUGCAGUGUAACUCCCCAUAUUAAAGUGGUAACCUGAAGAUGAGGGCAUCAGAAAAUAGAAGUUGUUAACAUAUUUGGAUGAAGUUUCAUAUGUAAGCAAAUUAUUAGUGACAAGCCAUCUUGAAAUACAGGCAGCAUCAUUAGAUAGGCAUAUACAUAUAUUAAAGACAAAGAGGAAUUGUGAACUGACCAAUGUUCAGUUGCAUGUGGUCAUAUUUUUGUAGGUUUUAACAACUGGUUUAUUAUUUGAGAAAUUUUUAAGAACUUGAUACUGGUGUUUGAUGACAUGCAGCUGGAGAUUGGUCAGUGUGAUUCCUUGCAGCACCUGGUAUGCAGGUUGUAUAUGUUCAGACACAGAGGUCAAUCUUCAUCAGAAAAAUGUUGAGGAGUAUGCUUUCGUUGGUUUUAAUUCAUCAAAUUCUGAAAUAUUUUGUUAAUUUUUCAUGCUAUGAAAUAGCAGAGCUUUUACAAGUUAUUUGGAAUUUUUGAUUUGGGUUCUCGAGCCAUUGUUUAAUAUUUGAAUGUGAAGCUGAAUAUUAUUUUCACGCGUUUACUGCAAGCUCUUCUAUGUGAAAGUUGAAAUCAUCAAUAUUUGUAAAUAGGUCUAUAUACAUAUAUACACUUGGGAAUUUAACGUGUAUUUCACACACUGACUUAGUACUCUAUCAGAGGACAAGAACAGAUAUUAACAUAACAGCUCAAAAAUGCUAAGUCAGAUCAGUUUGCUGAAGGUGUGCCAUCUGACAGCAGGUUAACUCUGGUCUUGUCCUCCUUAGGACAUAUUUUAUUUGUACAAGAUUUGAUCGUAUUAGGAUCAUUAUGUGUACUGUUGUACGGUUGACACUAACACAAGGUUAGUCAAAAUAGAGAGAUUUAACAAUCAAACAUGCAUCAUCAGGCUUUAGUUUCUUCUUAGUGGUCACAUACUGUUUCUUCUGGAUAAACUAUGAUGAAUAGCUUUUCUGAAAUGUAUCCGUGUACAAGUCAUGUUAUUUGGACCUGAUAGGAUGUUCUUUACCAAUCAGAUCUCAUGUUAAAAUAUAGCAGCCAAUCAGAUCUUUCGUUUGGUUGUGACCAAUUGUUAUCCUCUAGGACUGCUAUAGAAUGUAACAUAAUUGGUUUUUCAUUUAAACUCAAAACAUGUAAUUUGAAAUAAACAGUUUUUUCCAAGA